AUGGAUGCCGAUGUCGAUGCAAUCGAUAUCGAUGACGAUGAGCAUGACGACAAUGCUGGUGUUUUCAGCAUCGCCAGUGACUGCCACGGUGAGGACGAUGACACCCUCACUGGUUUAGACACCGUUCUUAUUGCAGUGCACACGAAGCACACUGCUGUUGACAAGGAUUAA